GGCUUGUUGCAUUUCACUGAGCUGAGGAGGAAUAUUGGAGCUCAACAAGGACAGACCGUGAAAGAAGAGUGUGUGACAUUGGCAAGGUGCUGACUGCUUCGUUUUGGACACUGUGAUGGAAAAUCCUGAUGAUGAGUUUGCAUUGCAACAGGCCACAGCGGGGGCUGUAGAAGCAAACUCUGGUGACAGAACACCUCCAACCAAACAUAAAGGCAAGUUGUCCAAAAUGGGAAAAUUCUUCAAGAAGCCCUGGAAAUGGAAGAAGAAGAAGCCAAGUGACAAGUUCACAGAAACUUCUAAAGUUUUGGAAAGAAAGAUUUCUGUUAGGAAAUCUCGCCAAGAGCUUAUUGAUAAAGGGGUUUUAAAGGAAAUCCCUGAAAAUGAAAGCACAGACGUGAACCAUUCCAAAGCUCCACCAGUAAAAAAUGGACACCCUGUAUUGAUGGACAUGGACAGAAUGUCUCAGAGAGAGACUGACAUUAAGGAGAGUUUUAACAAGGGGCCUCAGGGAGAUGAACGACAAAGUAGAGCGCCAUCAGAUGCUUCUCGAACUAGCAGAGCACCUCUGGAUGUGGACUAUCAUGCAGGGCUCUCUGUGGAUGUGGACAGGCGAAGUCGUCUUUCAUCAGAAGCUGAGAAGAAAGGCGAAUCUUUACCACGAGGACUGCCACCAGAUGAUAAAUACCGUAGAGAUGAAAGGAGAGAAGUCAGAGAGAAAAGAGAUGAACGGGCAGACAGAGACAUGCGAGAGAGGAGGGAUCGGGAUGAGAGAGAAAGGAGGGAUCGGGAUGAGAGAGAAAGGAGGGAUCGGGAUGAGAGAGAAAGGAGGGAUCGAGAGGAGAGGGAGAGGAGGGAUCGAGAUGAAAGAAACAGGAGAGAUUGGGAUGAGAGAGAAAGGAAGGAUCGGGAUGAGCGGGAGAGAAAAGAUCGGGAUGAGCGGAAGAGGAGGGAUUGGGAUGAAAGGGAGAAGAGAGAUAGAGACAAGAGGGAUCGAGAUGAGAGGGAAAAGGUUCAAGAUGAGAGGGAAAGGAGGGAUCGAGGUCGGGAUGAUAGAGAACGAAGAGAUCGUGAGGAGAGCGAAAAGAGGGAUCGAGAUCGGGAUGAAAAAGAACGAAGGGAUCGAGAUGAGAAGGAGAGAAGGGAUCGGGAGGAGAAAGAAAAGAAAGAUGAAAGAGAACGAAGGGCUCAGGAUGAGAAGGAGAGGAAAGAUCAGGAUGAGAAAGAAAAAAAGGAUCGAGAUGAAAAAGAACGGAGGGAUCGAGACGAAAGAGAAAGAAGAGAUAGAGUUGAGAGGGAAAAGAGGGAUCAGGAGGAGAGGGAAAAGAGGGCUCGGGAGGAGAGGGAAAUGGUGGAUCGAGACGAAAGAGAACGAAGGGUUCAGGAUGAGAAGGAGAGAAAAGAUUGGGAUGAGAGGGAAAGGAAAGAUCGAGAUGAAAAAGAACAAAGGGAUCACAACGAAAGAGAACUACGAGAUCGUGUUGAGAGAGAAAGAAGGGAUCGAGAUGAGCGAGAGAAGGCGGAUGAAAGAGAAUAUGAAAAGAGGGGGCGACCAGUGCCACAGCGGUCUUGGGAUGACUCCUAUGCUAAAGCUAGGACCAGCCAGGACCUUCCUGAAAUAAACCUGCAGCCUCAUCUACAGAGGAGUUCCUCAGCUGAAGUCCGAAGGACCACACUGCCCAGAUACGACAAACCUGUAGAAUUCCGAAGUCGCAUAGAGUCUGUUGGUGUCUGCGUUGCCUCUGACCCUCAUCUGAUACAGGACUCCCUACUGGAACCUCCCCCACCCAAGCAAGCUGUGCUCCCUCCUAAAUUCCCUACUGGUCUUUCUCUCGAGUCUGCUAGAAGUCCAACACCCUCUGCUUCAUCUUCUUCCUCCACCACCUCUUCUUCAUCUGUUGAAGUUCCUAUGUCCAAACCACCCAGGACAAUCUCCCUAAUAUUUGAAGCCCCACUUCGUCUUCCCAUUGCUGCUGCUUCCCCAGCUGACUUUGACACACCUCCCCCCAUCCCCCCUCAUGCCAAGCAACCUCCUGCCCCUCCACCCAAACCUGCUAACCGUAUCGGCAACCCUGCAGUGCUUGCAGAGUGUUCUCAGCCUGGCAGCGGUGUCAUUGUAAUCCCAGCAUCCACUAGGCACUCUCCCCCAAGCCCACCGAAGAGGAUGACUCCUGUCACCAAGCGUCAUUCAGUAGAACCUCCUCUUCCCAGCCAGGUCCCAGAGUCUUCUACCAUUGAACCCCCCUCUUCUCUUGUUCUAGUGCCUCCUACAGUCUAUAAAUCAGAAAGCAGUGAGGACAAGACAAAUGCUGCAGUUCUACAGAUGUCCACCGAGUUACCCCCCUCAUUGCCAUCUCACGUUCCUCCAUCUCCUCCCAGGGUCAAGCCUCUUCAGCCACCUAGUGUCAUGUUCUCUGGUCCCAUGCCUACUGUACAAACCGAUCCCCCCAGCCCAACAACAGAGCCCCCCAGCCAGCCUCCGCCAGUCCCACUACACAUCCGCAUCCAGAAAGCCCUGGCAAGCCCCAGACAGGUUCAUCCCAACCCAGACAGUUCCCAGAGGGCACAUUCUCUGCUGUUUGAGUCUUCUCUAGAUUUCAUGGAACCACUAGCAGAGGGUAAUUCACGCUAUUCGCUCCCUGUCACCAUCGAACCUCUCAGGCUGUAAGUAACUUUUAUUUUCAUUGAUAAACUUUUACAGCUUCAAAGCUGUUAGCAUCAG